UUCAUGUGAACCUCUCAUUAUAUAAGAGCCAUUUUUAUUCAGUUCCAUUCCCUGCAUUUUCUAGCUCCUUCUUUCAUCAUCUAUGGCUACCUUUCCCUCACCUUCUUCUCCAUCAUCUCCUUCUUCAAUUCCUUCUCCAAGAUCCAGCAUGUUCUACUAUGCUGGAAGUGAAGAACACUAUGAGGAGCCUCACUUCCUCCAAGCUUGUUACCUUUGCAGAAAAUCACUAGGCCAAAACCAUGACAUCUUCAUGUAUAGAGGGAACACACCAUUUUGUAGCAAAGAGUGCAGGCAGGAGCAAAUAGAGAUUGAUGAGGCAAAGGAGAAAAGAAGGAAGCUUUCUUCCAAAAGGGGUGUGAGACAAUCAGAGAGCAAUCAAAAUUCCACACCCAAUAAGGCUGCAGUGAGAACAGGCACAGUUGCAGUGGCCUAAUCAAAAGAUAACUCAUCAUAAUCACAUGAUAUGAUGAUGAUGAUGAGUGAGGAAAUUAAGAGUCCAAUUUUUGAAGUGAAAAAGAUGCAUGGAAUGGAAAAUUCCAAAGGAAGAAUUCUCAGUGCCAAACAAUAAUCCAUGAAGAUUCUGAUAAACCGGGAUGAAUCUUCUUUGUAAAGAAAAAAGUUGGGGUUUAAUUUCCAUUGGGAGAAAAGAAAUACCCAACAAAGAAUUUUGGCUCUUUUUGUUUCUGUUUUUGGUAAUAUAUUGAUUUGACCCUUUUAUUUUCA